GACUACAUCACAUAAUAGAUUGACGACAUCAUCAUAUUACGUUUACCUGGUAACAUCAUAAAUUGGUACGUUUGGCGUUCCAUACUUGACCGGACCCAAGGCUGAAAUGGCCGGUAGCUCCAUGGUGUGAUGUACAUGUACUGCGUGUUAAAAGCACUGGCAAGAUUUUGAACGGAAGAGUGACAAUUAGUUCAUAUCUUGAGAUUCAGUAUGAAUUUUUCAGCGGCCAAAAAUUACGAAGGAGACGGUAGAUUCUUUCAACAUUCAAUCAUAAUGCGCAACCUCGACAAGCUUACUUUUCGACCUGAGGAUGACGUUAUUGACGUUGGUUGUGGUACGGGCGAAGAGACGAAAGCAUUAGCGAGGAAAGUUAACAGCGUAACAGGCAUUGACACUUCAGAGGAGAUGCUAGCCGUCGCUCAUGCCAACAACUCGGCACCCAAUAUAACUUACAAUUGGGGAGACGCACGGACCAUUGGAGACAACCCGGACUAUCUGGGAAGAUUCGACAAGGCUGUCAGCUUCUUCGUUCUUCACUGGUGCCCGGACCACGCUAAAGCACUCAGGAGCAUCUUGGCUUGUCUCAAGCCGGGAGGGGAGGGGCUGCUAAUCGCGGGUAAACCAACAACGUUUGUAAAGGAGGCACAUGAUUUUCUAAGCAGUCACGCCAAGUGGGGUAAAUACAUGCAGGACUACAAGAGUCCAUUCAACUUCUGGAACCAGUCCGUGUCAGAGACUGAAGAGCUGCUUGAGAGUUGUGGUUGGAUCAACACGUGGUCUGAGAUACAAUACUUCCUGCCAGAAACAGAGCUGCGAACAAAAAUAUUUUUGAAGACAAUUUGGGCAACAUCAUCGCAAAUACCGGAGUCGGAUCAGGAGGCGUAUCUAGAGGAUUUCUGGCAGUGGGCGUUGUCUCGAUACCCGGAUGAGUCUCGACCAGGAUAUGUCUUCUUUCCGAUCGAUCUGAUGGUCAUACACGCUUCUAAGCCACUCUAAAGUCGCCGAAUGUCUGCGAUGCUCUCUGUAUUGUUAUUGUUGUCUGGGAGUGUCUGUGAUGUGUUUAUAAUAUUUGCCAUUGCGAAAGAAACAAUGUCAAACAAAAGGUGUACACUACACUACACUUUAUCUCAAACAGGGCUACAGCAAAUGUAUUCUUGAUGAACAAGGAUAAUAACAUUAUUGUUCACAUAUAUAUACAUGUAUUGCCAAUUUGAAUAUACAACAUUAUGUAUCGUUCUUUAUGCAGCAUCGAAAUAAAUGUAUGUAUCAAUCAACAUGGUGCUUUAA